AUGACAUUGGAGACUUUCACUCCUCCAUUGUUCGGUUUAUUUUUAUUUUGUCGCACACUUCUACAAUCUACCCUGCUGAGAUCCUUUGGCGUCAUGCAUGCCGCCAACCACGACGGCAUCGCGGACGGGGCCAUUGUCCGGUUGUGGUAUGUACUGCGCCUGCCCAUACACAAACGCGGAACCGCUAAAAGGUGGGCGGUGGUGCCGCGGCUGCGGGCGGUGGCGGGUGCUGGCCUAGCGGCAACCCCCACGUGGAGGGCGGCUGUGGCACCUGGGGGGGACUGUACGUGUAAAACUGCGACUGCAUAG